AUGAAAGAAGCUGUGAGCAAAGUUUUGAGAUUAUCUUUAUGGCCAAUCAAGACUGUAUUUUCCCAUAUAGAAAAAGAAGAACUGGUGGGAUAUCUUAAAGAUAUGGAAAAGCGCUUGUUUGGUUUAAAUACUACUGAUUUAAGAAAAAUGGCCUAUCAACUGGCCGUAAAGAAUAGAAAAAAAUGUAAUUUUAACACAGAUAAGCAAAUGGCAAGUAUCGAUUGGCUAAAGGGUUUUUUAAAGCGUCAUCUCGAUUUAUCUAUUCGAAAAUCUGAAGCCAUAUCAGCAGCUCGGGCAAUGGGAUUUAAUAAAGUUUCUGUCUCCAAAUUUUAUGAAUUGUUAGGGAGCAUAUAUGACAAAUAUAAAUUAACUCCUGACAAAAUAUAUAACUGCAAUGAAACUGAAAUAUCGAACGUUUCGAAAACGAAGUGCAAAAUAAUAGCACAAAAAGGAAGAAAACGGGUAGGGGCAUUGUCUUCUGCGGAACGCGGUCAGACUGUAACUGUUGAAAUUUGUUUUAAUGCAUCUGGUGCUUAUAUGCCUCCGCUUAUGAUAUUCCCCAGACAAAGGAUGAAACCUGAAUUAUUAGACCAUGCUCCACCAGGAACUACUGCCGAGUUCAAUGCUCGAGACUGGAUGACCACUGAAGUAUUUUUGAUUUGGCUCAAGUGGUUCAUACAAUUCUCAGGAGCGUCAUCUACAAAUCAUGUAUUACUUCUACUGGAUGGACAUGCAACGCAUACAAAAUCUUUAGAAGUGAGAAUUUGCUUUCCUCCACACUACACCCACAGACUUCAGCCUUUGGAUGUAUCCUUUAUGAUACCCUUAAGCAUAUACUAUGACCACGCUGCUUCUAAUUGGUUAAGAUCGCAUCCAGGUCGAAUAAUUACUAUGUUUCAAAUAAGCGAAAUAUUUAAUGAAGCAUAUGUUCAAGCAGCAACUAUGUUAACAGCUAUUAAUAGAUUUAGAAAAUGCGAAAUUUGGCCAUUUGAUCCAAACCUUUUUGUAGAUUCCGGUUUUAUUGCUGCAGAAACGACAAAUAUAUCGAUUGUUGCAGAAUCUGAUACCACUUCAAGUCAGGAAAAUGCCCCACCUGUUUUCAAUCCCAAACCAUGUUCAAGCAGCUUGAUAGACAAAAGUAGUGCAGCUGUAAUCUCAUCACCUGUUGAAACUGCUUGUCGCGAUCUGACAUCUAGUUUUGAAAAUGUUUCUCCUAAAAACAUCUUAGCAAUACCUGCAAUUCAACGAAAAGAGGCCAAAAAGGACUACCGCCGUGGAAAAACUUCAAUUCUUACUUCGAAUCCAUAUAAAAAAGAACUGGAGGAUGUAAAACGUUUAGAAAAUAAGAAAUGUUCUAAUCCGAAUGAUCCUCGAUUAAAGAAGAAUGCAAAAAAGCAGAAGAAAAAAAUAACAAAAUCUACAAAAUCAACGGAAGAAUUCAUAUCUACAAUCAACAGAAGGUUGGGUUGCAUGCCAACUUUGUGGACGUUGGUCUCAUAA